CCAUUCCUGUUCAUACGAUAAGAUGAUGAUGUCUGGUGUCACACUCCAAAGAGCAACGAGGAGAGACUUUCCAACGUCCAUGGAUUCUUCAAGUGUAAUCCGAUUAUCAUCAUCCCCAUUCAGAAUCGCGCAUUCCUCUCUGCGCGCGACGAACCGAACCCACAACCCGCUCUCGCUCUCGCUCUCGUCGUCGUCGUCAACCUCCGCCUCUCGAGACAAUCCCCGGAAGAAGCCGCCGAAGCUGGAAGCCGGCGCCGGGGCCAAGAGGGGAGCGGCUCUCGACGAGGCCGCCUACGAGGCCGAGCGGCUCCGGCUCGACGCCGAGGCUCGGGAGUCGAUGGCGGAGGCGGCGGAGCGCGAGGGAGCCGAGGAGGACCCGAAGGCGUGGAAAUGGGUGAUCCGGAAGAGGGUGUGGGAUUUCAUGGAGGCGCGCGACGUGGCCCAGAACCCCCGGCCCGUUCACCACCGCAUCCCCAACUUCGUCGGUGCUUCGGCUGCUGCUAGCAAGUUAAGCGAGUUGGAAAUUUUUCGAGUUGCAGAGUGUGUGAAGGUUAAUCCGGAUUCACCCCAGAAGCAAGUCAGGUUCCUCACUCUCUCUGAUGGGAAGAAGUUGUUAACUCCUCAACCCCGUCUGAGGACAGGUUUUUUCUCUGUUCUUCAGUCCUCUAUGUUGGCCCCUCAUACCAUCAAUGAGGCUUGUACCUCUGUGGGGGUCGCCAAGUAUGGAAGGCCGAUCGGAUUGGAUGAGAAGAUAAAGGUGGAUCUGAUUGUGAUUGGCUCCGUUGCAGUUGACCCUAAGACCGGUGCUCGGCUUGGGAAGGGUGAGGGGUUUGCAGAACUUGAGUAUGGCAUGCUACGAUAUAUGGGAGCUAUUGAUGACUCGACACCAGUUGUCACCUCCGUGCACGACUGUCAAUUGGUGGAUGACAUUCCAGUGGAGAAGUUGUUAAUACAUGAUGUGCCUGUGGAUGUGAUAUGCACUCCCACACAGGUCAUUUUCACUAACACUUCCAUUCCAAAGCCCCAAGGGAUCUACUGGGAUAAACUGUCUCCUGAGAAGCUGGGUCAAAUUCGUAUUCUGAGGGAGCUCAAGCGCAGAAUUGAGCAGGAAACUGAACAAAAGCUUCCUUGUGGUCCAUCAGAGAAAUUACCCCCGAUGGCUCAACGGAGCCGCUCAAAAUCUCGAGAUAAAUAAGACCGAUCCACGAUGAAGAAGAACAGGAUUUGUAAAUACUGCUUUGAGCUAGCAGAUGGUUGUCGCAUUAAUAGUUCUGUGGGCAACCUUGAAUGAAAUGGGAAGCAAUUAGGUGUGAUUUGAAGAUCUGAGAGGCAGAUUGUUGUUGAGCUAUGUUUUGGUGUUUGAUUACUUACAGCUAUCAGAAGUGAUGAUGCAUAAGUUUCUUAAUAGGGCAACUUUAG